CGCCGCCCCCUCGCGUCGGGGGCCGUCGGGCCGGCUUGUACACGUCAGCAGUCCAGAAGUCGAGCCGACAUGUGCCGCCGCCGCCGCCGCCGCGUCCUCCUCCUCUUCCGGGUGUGAGGAGCGCGUCGCCGCCUCUCGCCGUCCGGGUGAGUCAGCCGCAGCCCGCUUCCUCUCCGGCGACGCCUCGGCUUUCUCCUGCCCGUCUUCGGCCUCCAGCGGGACGCACUUUCGGCGAGUCGCGAGUCUCCGACGAGCCCGGCGGCCCCGGACGCGUUCCCGAUGGAAGCCGCGCGGUAGUCCGGCGCAGCGCGACGAUGAGGCUCCGGCUGCAGAAGCGCAGCCUGCUCGCGCUGCUCGGCGUCUCCUUCGUGCUGGUGACGCUGCUGGUGACGACCCGCGUGCUGCUCGUCCCCGACGAGGUUCCGAUCGAUCGGCCGCCGCAGAGGUUCGACUUCGGUUCGCUCGCCGCGCUCAGCAGGUCCGUCUACAACGCCAACUACCGGCAGAGCGUGUUGAACGCGGACAAGUUCCCCGGGGAGCCUCGGCUGGUGCUGGUCGUGCAGGUCCACAACAGGCCGCAGUACCUCCGGCUGCUCGUCGCGUCGCUGGAGAAAGCCGCCGAGGUCCACGGCUUCCUCCUCAUCUUCAGCCAUGACCACUUCUCAGAGGAAAUCAACGCCAUUGUGCAGGGGGUGACUUUCUGCAGAGUGCUGCAAAUCUAUUUCCCCUUCAGCACACAGCUGUAUCCCGCCGAGUUCCCCGGGAAGGACCCCCGGGACUGCCCCCGGGACAUGUCCAAGGACAACGCUCUGAAGACGCGGUGCCUGAACGCGGCGCACCCGGACGCCUACGGGCACUACAGGGAGGCCUUCAUCACGCAGACCAAGCACCACUGGUGGUGGAAGCUGCACUUUGUGUGGGAACGCGUGCAGGCCGUGCAGGGCUACGGCGGCUUCGUGAUCUUCCUGGAGGAGGACAACUACGUCCUGCCCGACCUUUUCCACUACUACAAGUCCAUGAUCGAGUUCAGGAAGGGCGGCUGCCCGGAUUGCGACAUGCUGGCGCUGGGCAACCACGACGCACUGACGGAUUUCACCACGCUGUCCAACAAGGUGUCCACCACCGGCUGGAUGUCCACCAAGCACAACCUCGGCAUGGCCAUCUCCAGGGAGGUCUACUACAAGCUGAUGGGCUGCAACAGCGAGUACUGCACCUACGACGACUACAACUGGGACUGGACUCUGCAGCACCUGUCGGGAACCUGCAUCUCCAAGCCCGUCAAGGUGCUGGCCGCCCAGGCCUCCCGCGUUCUCCACACGGGAGACUGCGGCCUCCACCAGAAGGAAGACUGCCGGCCCGAGUGGGCGUCGCGGAAGGUGGAGGAGGCCCUCCUCGCAGCCAAGGACGGCCUCUUUCCUCCGUCUCUGGUGCUCAAAGGCGCCGAGGCGGCGGAGCACAAGGCGCACGUGAAAAACGGAGGGUGGGGAGACGUCCGAGACCACGUUCUAUGCAAGAAUUACGCCAAAGUUCUUUGAGCUCCGACUUUCCCACGAGGGCUCAUCGGUAUUCCUUAUAUGUGCCAUUGGUCUGCGACACAGAGUGCGCUAAUAUUCUGCUUCCAAGAACCACGACCAAGCGUUUUGUUUUCUAUCGCCAAAGUUGCCAAAGAGCCUGUUGAUGUUUUGUUGAUGAUGCUCCUCCAGGCUCAAUGUCAGGUCACCGCGUCCGUAUAUCUCUGGGCGGCCGGUGGGCCGACGCGUCGGGCUGGAUUUAUUUCACGGUGGUGGUAAAUCAGAGUAAACCUGCAUGCAUUUUUUUCUUUUUCCAAUGAAUGAAUUGACUGGGAACAUUGCACAGGGUGUUGUCUAUUCACAACCACAUAAAUGCUUUGGCGUGAUUGACUUUCAUUGAUUUUAUGAACGGUAAUGCUUCUCAUAGUACGGUGCAACAUCAAGCGGGUAGUUUCACCGGGUCUUGGAUGAAAUGUGUGCGAUCGUGAGUCGACGGGGGAUUUGUCGAUUGUGCAGUAACUGUCUCUGGAGUUUACUGAUGACUUUUAUUAUUUCCUGCACACGAUUCGUGUCACUGAAUGUAACUUCAUGGCAACCAGGGGUCCUUUUGUUCAGCUGACGCCACUUAAUGAGUCCGCUCACCCGCAUCCAGCCCUGGUCUGCAGCGGCCGGAUCUUCUUGUUUUCACUAUUUGCUUUCUGAUAAGUGAAAAGUGACCCUUUGGAGUUUUGUUCUGCAAACAUCAGGGUCAUCUGUAUUUUUGUAGUUGCACCUUUGAUAGAAUCGUAUUUUGGGAUAUUGGCAUCCAAAUGAGAACAGGAUUAAAUGUAUUGGGAUUUUCUAAAAAGAUGUUGCAUUGAUAUGAAUAGUGGGUGAGCACAAAAAUAAAUCCCACUGUAGUUGUGCCUCUUUUUAGUCUAAAACUACUGAGAGAAUGAACACAAGCACGUUAAUGGCAAUAUAGCUUUAAAUCUGACCAAAAGUGCCUUUUUACUUUCUGCUUCGACUUGUUUUAAGAUCUUUUUAAAGGUGCACUGAUAACGUUCAUAUCGGUGCUGGGGCUUUGUGGUGUAACUAAAUAUAUAUAUAUAUAAUGUUUGUAGAGGAAAUGGAAUGUGAAUGCAUCACUUUGGAAAGAGAGAAGUGCUUUAAUGUGAUAUCGACGUGCCUUAUGGAGAUUCCUGGUAAAAACAAUCUGAAGAGAAUGUUAAUGAAAUAAAUACAUCUUUAUUCUUGAGACGGCCCAAUACACAAAGACACGCGUCCUUUAUGAACUUUAUUUUUUGUGGCGUAUUGCCUUUUUGUUCUGAUAAUCAAUAGCUGUUCAUUGCUCUCAAUGUUUACCAAAUGAGGUAAAAAUAAAAGGCUGAAUCUU